CCUGCUUGUCAGCGCCCCACGUCUGCAGUAUGAAAAUGAUAAAACAGGACAGAUAUUUCAGUGCUCAACAGAUCGUUGCCACCCUCUGUUUACUGCAGGUAGAAAUCAUUUUACUCCCAAUAUUACACAUGCAUAAAUUUCACAAGACAUUUACACUUACAAAUUUUAUAAGUUGAUUUCAUGACCAGACAUAUCCACCAGGAGCUUCUGGAGAGCCCUGCAAAUAUGUUAGGAAUGUGAUAAUGUUUAAUUAAUAGGUAUAAUGAUCUUAUUGAGUAAGCAUUUAUUUAGUUUAGUAUUCAGAUAAAACCGUUAAUUUGGUUUAUGGCUAAAUACGUGCUAAAAUUGCUUAAUAUUUUUUAAAAUUUCAUAGAUUUCUGUCAUAAUAAUGCCCCUUUAACAACAACGCAAUGCAUGAUGGGAGUUGAAAGUUCAUGACCCGUGAUUGUGCAUGGAAAAGAGAAAACUUCACACGCUGUAUGCUGGAACUGUGGAUUUUGUUUAAAAAAGUUGCACAAAAGCGAAAAUCUAUAUGAGUUUUUCAGUUCUUUUUAAGGUGCAACACUUGAAGAGCUACUGGACGAUGCCAAACAUGCAGUCCUGUAAAAAGUAUUUUCCCCAUCAAACUUAGAUUCUUUUGGCAUCUAAUAAUAAAGUGAAACCUGUCCGACAUCGUGAAUUAGACUAAAAGGUGUUGUAUUGUGAACUGAACUAAAGAAAUCCAAGAACAGAGCGAAGAGCUGCAGUCAACAUGUCCCUUGGUUUGGUGAUGACACUUGAUCCUUCAGCACAAAACACAAUGAUCUGUGGUUCAACCAUUCCCAGUGACUGCACAACUACCACCAGGUACAACGGCUUGUGCUUUGAGAUCGAUUCAAAUAAUGAGCUUGUGAAGUCUUACCUGCCUGCAACUGAAGAGUGUCGAACCCAAGCUGACAUUGCAUUUCUGCUGGAUGGCUCAGGGAGUGUAGCUGGUGAUGAUUUCAGGAGAAUGAAAACAUUUGUGAAAAAUAUGAUCAGAACAUUCCUGGGCAGAGAUACACAGUUUGCCAUCACCCAGUUUUCCUUUUCUCCAACAACACAUUACUACUUUAAUACUUUUAGCACUUCCAACUGGGAAUCUCAAAUUGACCAGAUCCGUCAAUCAGGUGGAGGAACAUAUACAGCUAGAGCCAUCCAAAAUGUUGUAGAUGACGUCUUCUCACAACAAAGGGGUUCCAGGUCAAAUGUGAAAAGAAUUUUAAUAAUGAUUACAGAUGGAGAGUCCCAAGAUCGCCAAAACUUACCAGCAGCAACACAAUCAGCUGAUCGAAAAAACAUUAUUCGAUUUGUUAUUGGGGUGGGGAACGCAUUCACAAAUACAGGAGCAAAACAAGAGCUCAUAACGAUUGCAUCUCAACCUGCUGACAAUUUUGUGUUUGAAGUGGGAAGCUUUGAUGCUCUUGACAAAAUACGGAAGACCUUGCAGGCCAAAAUUGAUUCCUUUCAAGUGGGAAGCUUUGGUGCUCUUGACAGAAUAUGGGAGACCUUGCAGGCCAAAAUUAAUUCCAUCGAAGGUUAUUCAAUAGCUGUUGCUAAAACCAACAAUGGUCCACUGACGAUUCUUGGUGCUCCAAGAAAUCAGAACAAAGGAGUUGUUACGACAGUUUUCAAUGAACAACUGAGAGAUGAAAUCAGACCCUUUCAAUCACAGACUGGUGAAUAUUUUGGGGCUGAGGUUUGUGCCAUGGAUGUUGAUAAUGACGGUGUGACUGAUCUAAUCCUCAUAUCCUCUCCGAUGUACAAAGACGUUGACAGAGAAGGACGAGUUUAUGUCUGUGAAUUAAGUCGUUUGAGUGUGGUUUGUUAUUUUGAUAAUCCAUCACAAAUAACCACACUAAGAGGUGAUGCGUCUGUCAGAGGGAGGUUUGGCUCGUCUCUUGCUGUUCUGCCUGAUAUAAAUGCAGACACAUUCAAUGAUUUGGCCGUUGGAGCUCCUUUGGAGAAUGAUGGCCAAGGCAGCAUCUACAUAUUCCAAGGAGAAGGAGGAAGAAAAAUAAAUCCUACUUAUUCACAGAGAAUUGCUGCAUCUGCUGUCCAAUCAGGCCUGAAGUUAUUUGGCAUCUCAAUCAGUCAGUCUUCCUACGAUCAGAGUGGUGAUGGACUUCCUGACUUAGCGGUGGGUUCAAAGGGAAAAGUUGUCACACUCAGGUAAGUUCCCAUAAUGACUAUUUAUUAACACACAUAUCUUUCCUAGUUCAGCAAAUUAUUCUUAAAUUGCCACCUUAUACGAUAAAUGUUUUAAUUGCUCCACAAUCUCAAAACAAACAACAUGGCCUUUUCUGUUUCUAGAUCCAGACCAGUUGUAACAGUGACUGCCACUGUGUCGUUCAACCCAAAUCUGAUCCCAACUCAAAACCCAGACUGUUCAAAACCACUGCCAAGCAAUGCUACUGUCUGCUUUACUAUGAGCAAACUGUCUAAUGUGAAUGAAGCUCAAGCACAGGUUAAUUUCACUUUAACGUUGGACGCAAAUCGUAAGAUACCAAACAACCGAGCUGAGAUCAGCAAGGAUGUGAGGCACAAGAGUGGAUCUCUUAAUCUUAAUUUAAAUAGGAUAGAAUGCAUUGAUGCAGACUUUUUUAUUAAGUCUUGUCCAGAAGAUGCUCUCAAUCCACUCAAUAAUGAGCUCAGAUUCACGUUUGGUGGUUUACCUUCUGGCUCAAACCCUAGACCAAGCCUUUCUCCACAGAUUAAAACCACAACAUUUCAUCCUCUUGGUUUUGAGACCAGAUGAGGAGCUGAUGAAGCGUGUGAAGAUAAUUUGAAGGCUGGAUUUUUCAUAAUCAAUGACAACAAUGUGAUGAGAGAAAAUGCAGGAGGAGAAGCCGGACCUGAAGGAGCAACACUCAGAGAA